CCCAAAUCAACGACGAACCGCGGGGCCGGGCCGUUCACCAUGGAGUCCCGACAGAACUCCUUCUUCUCCUCGAAGAUGACGCAUUUCCUUUCGGAUACGGAGAAUCAGGCCAGACAGCAGGCCAUGGAGAAGGCGGUCAAGGAGGUUCAGAAUCAAAUGCGACCUGCGCGACCUGAAACUGCCCACGGGCCGCUCGCCGAGGGAACCUCGACAUCUCCGGGAGCGUUGCGAGCAGAUGUUGAGGUGAAACAGAUCCCCAAGGGUAUCCUUGGUCUGCAUGGAGACACCUUGCUGCUGUCUCGUGCUAAGGGCCCUUUGGUGCACACUCACUUUGCCUUGGCCGGACGAGCUGCGCCCAUGGCGGGGUUGCUGUUGGAGGUGAGAAGAGAUCCCAAGGCACCAAUGACGAUCACGGCAAGGCCGGGGCGCCAGAGAGUUGCUCUGGCUUGGAAUCGCUUGCCAGGGAGCCUGAUGGGUGAGAUUUGGUUGGUCGUGUGCUUGACCAUGUUUUCGGGUGCGUUUCCUUGGUCACUUGGCCUCCAUCCGCUGUUGCGCCGCGUUGCACCAUGCGUGGCGCCCAGGGUCUCCAGCGAAUUCUUGCGAGCCGUGUCUCCCAAAAAGGUCAACGAGCACGAGAUCAAGAUCGAGGUUCCUGAAAUGGCCAUUGAUUGGAUGAAUGUUGGAGGAUUCGCCGAUUCGGAGUAG